GAGAGAGAAACAUAUUCAGAAGAAAUGUGAAGAUAUGACUUUUGGCUUAAAAAAAAAAAAGGCGCUGUGGCUCUUCUGUUUGAGGACUUAGAGGGAGAUGAGUUUAGGUUUAAUGUGAAUUUAUUUAGAUUAAUGUGAUGUUUGUUAAAUGUUUAUGUUCAUCCUGAGCUCCCUCCGCGGUGCAUGGUGCGCUCCCGGUGCGCCCCACUCCCCCCCGCUGUGUGCCAGAGCUACAGUUACAGGCUCGCUCCUUCUCUGCCUCUCGACGCGCAUUGGACGGACUCACUCUGCGCCAGCUCCACUGAACCUGUAGCCUACAGCUUGUCUACAUAAGCACAAGGCAGGUGAAGGGUUGAUAUCGGACUUUUCUUAGCAGAAUAUUAAAUCCUGAUGCCAAAGUCUUGACCGGAGGAGGUAGAGGAACCUUUGGCUCCGGGAGCAGAUCUCUGUGCGCUGCGUUCCGCUGCUGCCGGAGUUGCGCUCUGUCGGAACUUCACCAAACCCUAAACUCGCCUGGGUGUGGAUAUAUGCUGAAGUUGUCUACUUUUAUUUAUUUUCACAGUCUUCACCGCAGUGGGAGCUGCGUCCUUUCGGGCCAAAUUGUUGGACCGUGGGCGCGACGCAGCAUCCAACUUAGGGAGCCGGCUGAGCCUGAGGUGGAGGAUACACACGAGACAAUCCGAUCAACUGCGGGGGAAAAGAUUGGAUGCAUUUUCAGAUUGGUUGUUUUGGGAUAAAACUUUGAGAACAUGUAUCGCAGCAGACGUGCCAUUGUGUUUCCAGCAGCCGCCUAUGAGCGCUUGCUCCUCCAGUAAUGCUCCAAAGAGUGAUGCAAAGCUGCGCGCAAGUUCCUUCUGCACACAUCUCCAAUGUUCCUGUAGAAACCCAGCUGAUGAGACACUACUGAAAAGAGACUCUUGUUCACACGCGUUAUGAUCCUUUAGCAUUGGCACAAAUGACUGGACGAGACAUGAGAUUUUUACCUGAAAAAAGACUCUUUUUCAUUUUUUACCCACGAUGCAGCAACUAGGAUUUUUGUCUUUGAAUUAAGCCACUUCGGCUUCCAUACAUUUUGUUUAGUUUUUUGGGGGAUCCUUGUUUUCCCACCGGCUCCAAGAAACAUGUUGCAUAUCCUUGCGCUUCAGGCUGCGCUGUUACUUUUGGGAGCAGCAGACUGUCGAGUCUUAGAGGGACUGCAGAGAUAUUCCUCCAUCCCAACGUACCUGCCUGUCAACUACCAGCUGCUCAACGCUGACUUGGCCUUCUUCCUGAAGGAGGCCAAUCAGGAUUUCAUGCGGAACUCUAGCCUGAUGUCGCGGACUGAGCCUUUCUUCAUCUACCAGGCUCGAAGUUUGCCCUCCCUGAAUGCGAGCUAUGGUCCUCUGUCUGUGGAGCAGCCCGUCCCUUUAGAGCUCCUUCAGAGCCCGGGGACUUUUCCCGCCUCCUCUGUCUUCACCUUCAACUGGAAGGUGCAGACAUUCCUCAUGGAUACCAGGAUUCACCUGGCCAAGCCCAAAGUCCAGGUUCUGUUCUAUAUCGCAGGGCGGGACUGGGACGACUACAGUGCCAUCGACAAGCUGCCCUGCGUGCACAUGUUUGCUUUCCACGAGACCCAGGAGGUGCACGGCACUUGCCAGCUGAAAGGGGAGCUGGGGCUGUGCGUGGCUGAGCUGGAGCCGCUGGCCAGCUGGUUCAGCCCUCCAAGUGUAGUGCCUGGACGCCAGAGGAACGUCGAAGUAACAGAGGGCACUCCGGUGGAGCUCUACUACACGCUGCAGUCCACUGAGGCAGGAGAGUGCCACUCGGAGGAGUCCAGGAAGGACAGCUUCAUCCGCUCCAGCCAGGAAGGGCUGUACGGCUCCUUCACGUCCACGCCUCUCAGGAGGAUCGGCGGUGUGAAGCUCUACCAGAACCCCGCUCCUCCUCCUCUCGCCGAACAAAGGCUGGAUAAUAACUUUAUGGUCAUGGUUCCAGCUACGCCCAUGAGACAGAGGGAAACGGUCUCUGCUUUUAUCAUGGUGUCGGCCUACUCUCCUGUGGCAAUCUUUACUCUCAGAGUUAAGUUGAAAGAAGGGGUGACGUUUCUCGGCGCUCGGCCCAGCAACCCGACUCAGUGGAUAGUUAGCCAGGAUGUGAGGAGUGAAGGCCACCGAGUUGUGACUCUGCACUGCCGCAGGAAGGAGUCUGGCUACGAUCAGCAAAGGUCUGAGAUGGGGGUUCAGCGGGUGCUCCAGGUGGACCUGAAAAUGGAAAGCUUCCCGGAGCCGCUGGGCAGCCGAUGGAUGGCGUGGCAGGUGGAGUACCCGGCGAGUCGCGCCACCACUCAAGAGGUGGAGACGGAGAUCCGACUGGCGCAGGAGGACCUGGCAGGCAUCGUGCCCCUGGCCAUGGACUCUGAAAUCUUGAACACGGCCGUGCUGACUGGGAAGACAGUGGCUGUCCCGGUGAAGGUGGUGACCAUCGGGAUAGACGCCUCGGUUACUGACGUCUCCGAUGCAGUCAAGUGUCGCUCUACAGAUGAAGAUGUGGUGAAGGUGUCAGACAGGUGUGACUACGUCUUCGUAAAUGGCAAGGAGAUGAAGGGCAAGGUGAAGAUGACGGUGAACUUCACCUACGGAUACCUGAGUGCUCAGCUGGAGCUCAACGUGUGGCUCCCUCGGCUCCCCCUCCAGAUCGAGGUGUCAGACACGGAGCUCAGCCAGAUCAAGGGGUGGAGGGUGCCCAUCGUGGCCCCCGGUCAGAGGUCCACACGGGACAGCGACGACGAGGACGAUGAAGACAGACGAGGACGAAGCUGCACUCUGCAGUACCAGCACGCCAUGGUUCGAGUCCUCACCCAUUUUGUAGCGGAGUCAGCAGAUCCCCGAGGUCAGGCGAGCUUCAUGCUGGGCACCGAUUGGCAGGUGGACAUAACGGAGCUGGUGUGGGACUUCCUGAAGGUAGAGGACCCACAGAUUGCACAGCUGCUGGACAGGAGGAUUCUCAUGGGACUCGACGUGGGGAUGACCACAAUCCAGGUAUUGUCUCCUUUGUCAGACUCCAUCCUGGCAGAGAAGACUGUGACGGUGGUGGACGACAAAGUCACCAUCACAGAGCUGGGGGUCCAGCUGGUGACGGGGCUCUCCAUGAGCCUGCAGCUCAGUCCAGGAAGCAACAGAGCCAUCCUGGCCACCACGAACACACAGGAGGUUCUGCAGAGCCCCAAGCAGGAGGCCCUAAUCAGUGCCUGGCUCCAGUUCAGUGACGGCUCACUGGCUCCUCUAGACCUGUACAAUUCAGAGUUUUUUGUCCUAACAGCCACCUCUCUAGACGAGGAGGUGGUAACGGUGCAGCAGGACCCCUCAUGGAAGUGGCCAGUCAUCGUGACUGAGGCAGAGGGCCAAGGCCUUCUUGUCAGAGUGGAAAUGACUGUUUGUGAAGUUUGCCAGAAGUUCAAGCGGCGCAGCAUCCUGGCAGCGGGGAACUGUAACAUCAGGGUGAAGUUUGGUCACAGUGACAGCUCGAGGGCAGGAAACAGCGAUUAUGGCCCAGAUGGAGACGAUAUGGACAACAGAGGCAGGCUCUCCCCCUCCCAGGACAGGACCGGACUUAACACCCACUACUACGGCAGCUCCAUCUCCGACAUGGAGGACGGGGUGUUGAGGAAAGCCACCACCACUAGAAGUGCGAUAAUUCGCCGCCCCAAUGGGGAUAAACUAUCAGAUGAUGGUAGCCAGGACAUACCAAUUGACUUUGCUGACUUCCCUGCACAAGUGGACCUGCCCCGUGGCCGCAACAUGGAUGAUGACCUCAUUCAGACUGCUCGCGGACUGACAGACCUCGAAAUUGGCAUGUAUGCCCUGCUGGGUGUCUUCUGUCUCGCUAUCUUGGUCUUUCUCAUCAAUUGCAUCUCCUAUACCCUGAAAUACCGUCACAAGGAGCUAUCCAUUGAGGGACAGGAAAACAUGAACCAUGCCCACGAUUGGGUGUGGUUGGGGAAUGAGGCAGAGCUGCUAGAGAGCCAAAUCAGCCUGUCGCCACAACAGGAGGAGCAGACUUCCAUGAUGGACUCGAGCAGUGGCCUCGAGGAAGGCAGCCACUUGCUGAAUGGAGGCUCUGCCCAGAAGAGCGUGCAGGGCCAAGUGCACCGGACAGCAGACACAGGCUGCAUAGCCAAGGACAUCAAAGGAGACUCACCCACCACCAAGAGGAAGCGUGUCAAGUUCACCACGUUCACCACCAUUCCCUCGGACAGUAGCUACCCCACUGUUAACACACUGACGGGAAGCCACUGCCAGGACAUUAAGUGGGUGUGCCAGGACGUGGAGCUGGGAGACUCCAAGGAGUUGCGCAAUUACAUGGAAAGGUUAAAUGACAGUGCUUUAAAAGAGGUGGCAUAAUGUACUAUGUGCACUUGUGACAGACUCACCCUUAUGCCUUUCAGAGGAAAGUGGUCUGGACAGAAAUCGGACCCCCAAACAAGUGAAAGAGGAAGAAAACAACUUCAGAAUCACCCCAAACUGCCAAAGGGUCAUCACCUUCAAGAGGACUGUCUUGAUUCCACAAGUGACUGAUGGUGAAUCACUAAAGAAAAAAAUUCUGUUUGUCAAAGAAUGAGGACAUGAGGUGAUUCUGUUCUUUCCAUUUGUUGAUCAGAUGAUUACCUUUUUAUCAUUGUUUUAUUAUGACAGGGUUUAGAUAGAAUUCAAGUAAUGGUCCCAGGACUUAUCUGCAGCAACUAUGACCUGUGAUAUUCAGACAUGUAGAUUUUAAAAAGAGCAGUGACAUAACUAGAUAGAUGUUCUGAAUGUGUGUGUGUGCACAUUAAAUGGUUUUGGAAGUUUUGUAACAUUUUUGAAUAUUAAUUUCUUACGCCAGAUCCUUAUUCUGUGGAAGAGUUCUGGAAAGGCCAAAGCAAGCCAAGUGAAACGUGUGCAUGUUGUUGAGGAAAAAGAAAAGGCACAACUUUCCAGGUCAUCCUCAUCCUCCUUAACACGUCAGAAGACCUGUCAUGUAUAUACCAAACAGUCUCCAAAGCAUUGUAUUGUUGCUCUGUAUAUUGUAUUUUCAUAACAUUUAAGGAAUACACAAUAAUGUCAAGA